AUGGCACUGAGCGGGAGGCACCUGAGGGUCGGCGCCGACAUCUGGGUGCCGUGGGUCGACCUGCGGCGCCGGGAGGACGGGUCCCUCGGCGCCUCCGGGGUCGCCGCCGCCUUCUUCGACAUCAUCGCCGCUAAGCUCAACUUCUCGUACACCUUAGUGAUGCCCGAGGACAGGGAGUGGGGUCGAGGCCUUCCCAACGGCUCCUUCACCGGCAUGAUCGGGAUGUGUCAGCGGAAGGAGGUGGACAUGGCACUGGGGCCCUUCGGAGUGACGUGGGAGCGCGCCCAGGUUGUGGACUUCUCUUCCACGCUUUAUGUCGACGGCUUCGGGAUCUUCCUGCCGCGGCCUCGUCAGGAGAGAGACUUAAUUGGCUUCACCAACCCUCUCGCUUGGCAGGUCUGGGCCGCUCUUGGGGCCGUCCUCCUCUUUACACUCGCCAUAGGUGUUGUCUUGAACUUGCUGGCAAGACGGUGCUUCAGGCCAACAGAUGGCUCUGCCGGUGCUGGGGAGGAUCAAGCCAAUAUUAUCUUACGCCCACUCUGGGUCGUGCAGGCUUUGCUCAUUGGAUCCAUCGAGAAGCUUCCGUCACGCCCCAGCAGUCGCGUGCUCCUCGCCGCUUGGCUCCUGGCCGGGCUCAUCCUCAGCUCGGCUUACAGGGGCGUGCUCACCUCUCUGCUUGCCGUGCCCAGGGUGACCGUGCCCGUCGACUCUCUCGAGGAUCUGGUCAGCUACGGCAAGAUCCCCUGGGCCAACGAGAAGGGCACGUCGCUGCAUCAGCUGUUUGGGGACGCUACGUCAGGCCUGUACAAGACGAUCCACGACGAAGGAACUUUGGUCGUGAAUGCUUACGAGGCGAGAGAGAGGAUCAAGAAGGAAAGCAUGGCUGUCCUCUGUGACUUCUUUACCAUGAGGAAGAUCAUGAGUGACGACUUCACACAAACGGGCGCCUGCAACUACUACAUCGCCGCCGAGCCCAUCAAGUCGGCCCCGCUCGCCUUCGCCUUCCCAAGAGGAGCCCGCUGGUGCGUCACUUCGACACGUGGAUGGCCGCGCUGGUGGAGUCCGGGAUGGUGAGCCGCAGCGUCCUGGCACUGACCUCGAACGCCACGGCCUGCCUGGUGGCUCCGGGGAAGGAGGAGGGCGCCGAAGGGUCACUGGCGUUCACCUUGUUUGACCUCGCCGGCGGCUUCUUGCUUCUGGC